CACUUGCAUCGCCAGGCAGACAUUCUUGUGGCUCUUCGGGCCAAUAUGGCGAUCGUGGAAGUUCAUGCGAAAAUGUCAUAGUAUUUUAUGAGCUGUGUGUGUACCGUGUGGCCGCGGGCGAAGGCUGAUAUCGUGGUUAAAUAUAUUUCAGGUGCUUCUGUUAUGGUGGGAUCGGUUUUUUUCUAAAUUUUUCGCUUGCCCAGCCUGUUUUUCUCCGGAAUCAAAGAUAAUUGAGGCCAAGCUCGGUCUUCGUUGCAGCUGAGCUCUAUCCGAGGUUAUUUUAGACUUAAUGUAAGCUCAACUACUACUCUUCUCUUAAUCUUACAUAGCAAAAUUUUUUUCUGCUAAAUGUACAUGGAAGUAGUAAAAUCAAAAGUUCGGAAUCCCUUCCACGCGUUAAUUACAAAAAAAGAAAAAAUCUUUUGCCUGAAUAAUUCAGUAUAAAUAUUUCUUUUAUGCACAAUUAAAGUGACUUCAAGCCAGAUCAGAUCAAGAUUGGACUUCUACCCCGAAGCGCACCAUAUCAACCCUGCAGAAGCUGCAGUACACUCAUCGUAAUAAAAAUAGCCCUUAAAGAAAAUGGAUAGCUCUGAGUAUGAGUUGGUUCGCAAUAUGACUUUGCUAUUUUUUUUCGAACGACUGAUGGACAAGGGAGGCCCGAGAACUCUGCACGAUUUAAGCUGCCAGUUUGGAGCGAAGGGCUUUACUAAAGAGAUGCGACAAAUUGCCGGUGGCUCUCAGAGUGGACUGAAAAAAUUCCUCGCCAAAUACCCAGCCUUGUUUUCAAUCGACGGUGACUAUGUUUUUGUAAAUACCUUCCAACCUGUCGUGGCUGAGGAUAGUGGAUCAAAUCUUGGAGGGAAGAGAGAUUACGCCCAGGAAGCAGUCGAGUAUUUUUCAAUGAAACUGAUGCAAUAUGGAAUCGGAACGGAAGUACCAAUCAAAAGUCUUCUAGGUCACAGGUCGCAAGCUUCUUCCGAGGUCAGACACAUUUCUGGACAGCAUUACAAAGAGUUUCGAGACUUUCUCAUGAAAUAUCCCGACGCCUUUGCCGUUACAGAAGACAACGUUGUUUUGAAACAGUACGAAGGCAUGAAAGCUGAACCAUUCCGUGAAUUGGAACCAGAAACAAUCGACCCUGAAAUAACGGCUAGGCUACUUGACUUUUUUGCGCAAUGUAUCGAAAACAAAGGACCAAUAUUAGUAGAUCAGUUAUUUCAUCUUGUUACCUCGAAAUUCCCCCAAGAAACUUGGACUUCGAUAUUCAAAACACCUCAGGAUUUGUCAACGUUUUUGAAAAUGUUUUCCGAUGCCUUCCAUGUUCAAAGUAAUCUUGUUACUUUGAUAAGCCGGCCAAAGACAUUCACAAUUGAUAACUGCCAUGUUAAAAUAAAGAGUUCCACCAGCCCAGGAAUACCAAACUGCAAUAACAACAGAUCGCAGCCAAAUUCGCUACAAACAUCUCAGCCUACUUCGCUCCAAGUGUCUCUACAGAGUUCACAGCCAAAUUCAAUCACUUCAAAUAAUUCAGUGUCCCAACCAAACUCUCUCCAAAACAUAUCACCUACUUCAACGGAAAGCAAUAACAAUUCACCACCGCUGAGUUUACAGCAGCAAACUCUAAAGCAAAGAAUAAAUACAUUGGUAAUGAAAACACUAGCGGACAACACUGAAAAAGAUCGUAAUUUGCAAACUGUGCAAAUGGGCGAAGCAUGGAAGCUUAAGGUAUUUCAACAAACGAGGGUCGUUGUUAAUCCGAAAGAAAGUUUACAAAUAAUUGAGGACAUCAUGAAUCCCAGAAGACUGCAACAUGAUGGUAAAGUCAUUGUUUCCUUCGAUUGUGAAGGCAUUAACUUAGGCGUUAAAGGUCAGUUGACGCUUCUCCAAAUUGGGACUAUGACUGGACAAGCUUACGUUUUCGAUUUGGUUACAUGUCCAAGUCUUGUUCAAAGUGGAGGUAUUCAGAAGUUACUCGAAAGCAACAGUGUUAUUAAGGUUAUCCAUGAUUGUCGAAAUGAUAGUGUGAAUCUAUUCAACCAAUUUGGCAUCACUUUGAAUAACGUCUUCGAUACACAGGCCGCCCACGCAGUGCUACAGUAUCAAGAAACAGGCAAACCAGUGUACAAAGUAAAGAAUGUUAAUCUAAAUGCGCUUUGCGAAUUAUAUGGUGCUCCAUGUAACCCACUGAAGGAUCAGCUGAAAAAUGUGUAUCGUCGAGACCAAAGGUAUUGGUCCCGUAGACCUCUUUCUCGGGAUAUGCUACUCUAUGCUGGCUGUGAUGUUCUAAGUUUGGUUCCUCAAAUAUACUCUGCUAUGUCAAGACUUAUAAAACCGGAAAUGCAGACACUAUUUUCUGAACUAUGUGAGGAACAGGUGCAAAUGCACAUAAAGCCUGUUGAAGUUAAAUCACGUAAGAAGCAACGUAAAGUCGAGACUGAGGUAGCUGACUUACGAAAACGAAUGGAAGAGACUACCGGCAAAAAUAUUGUACUCAGUAACCGUGAAAUCAGACUUUUGAGAUACUUAGAAUUAACAGAAGAGGAAAAGGAAAAAUUGAAGGGCAGCUACAAAGUUGCAAGAAAGUUAGAAAAGCUCGAGAGCCUGGGGCAAGAAAAAGGUGACAGCAGCGAUUAUGAUGAAGAUGAGAGGAAUGGGGAUGCCGAAUACCCUAGCUUGGAUAGCUAUACGUCAGAAAACUCUCAUUCUGGUGGUGUAAUAUCUCCACGUAAUUCAGAACCACCAAGCCUUACGGAGUCCAUGCAUAUGAUGGAUGAAGUGUUAUCGGAUGGACGUAUGGACAGAUUUGAAAAGAUUGAACGUCUCGAAGCUAUAUUAUCGACAAUCACUGCCCCAUCGGACACACCGGCACCACCUAGCAAUAUUCAAGUUUCUCCAUUUAAAUGCAUCUGCACUUGUCAUGGUAGUAAGCAAAUUGGGAAUCAACAGAAUAAUAUGAAAGUUGACCAUGUUGCCUGCCAAACCUUGAGUACAGGUGAUAUUAUUAUAACGAGGAUAUUUUUUACGGAAGCAGACAAAGAACGAGAGAGGUUGUUGAAUUCGCCAAAAAAGUAAAACAAAACGAAAAAACAUAUUCAAUCGUUGAAAACUUAUUGGGCUGAUUAAUGUUGGACUACGUUUGAAACAGCAAAGUGAUAAAGCCGUAAUUAUGUACAUACACGCCAAAGGAACAACUUUGAUGGCAUUUAAACUGAAACGGAAUUGACAAUUGUAU